GGAGCGUGAGUGUGUGUUCAUCCCCGCCGCUCUGCACCUCUCGGUCGAUGGUCGUUGAGGAAGCUUCCAUCUUGAGUCCCGUAUCUACCGAGAGAACCAUGGCGAGCGACUCCCCGGCGCGGAGUCUGGACGAGAUAGACCUGUCUGCACUACGGGACCCAGCUGGUAUCUUUGAGCUGGUCGAACUGGUUGGAAAUGGAACCUACGGGCAGGUCUACAAGGGUCGCCAUGUCAAAACAGGCCAGCUCGCUGCCAUCAAGGUCAUGGACGUCACAGGAGAUGAGGAGGAGGAGAUUAAAGCAGAGAUCAACAUGUUAAAGAAGUACAGCCACCACAGGAACAUCGCAACCUACUACGGAGCCUUCAUCAAGAAAAACCCCCCUGGAAUGGACGACCAGCUGUGGCUGGUGAUGGAGUUCUGCGGGGCCGGCUCGGUGACAGACCUGAUCAAAAACACCAAAGGGAACUCUCUGAAGGAGGAGUGGAUCGCCUACGUCUGCAGAGAGAUCCUCAGGGGUCUGACCCAUCUCCACCAGCACAAGGUCAUCCACAGGGAUAUCAAAGGCCAGAACGUGCUGCUGACAGAGAACGCAGAGGUUAAACUGGUUGACUUCGGUGUGAGCGCUCAGCUGGAUCGUACGGUGGGACGGAGGAACACAUUUAUCGGGACGCCGUAUUGGAUGGCCCCGGAGGUCAUCGCCUGUGAUGAGAACCCCGACGCCACAUACGACUUCAAGAGCGAUCUGUGGUCGCUUGGUAUCACAGCUAUAGAGAUGGCGGAGGGAGCACCACCUCUGUGCGACAUGCAUCCGAUGCGAGCGCUCUUCCUCAUCCCCAGAAAUCCUGCCCCCAGACUCAAGUCUAAGAAGUGGUCGAAGAAGUUCCAGUCUUUCAUCGAGAGCUGUCUGGUGAAGAGUCACAGCCAGCGGCCGAGCACCGAGCAGCUCCUCAAACACCCGUUCAUCAGGGACCUCCCCAACGAGCGGCAGGUCCGCAUCCAGCUGAAGGACCACAUCGACCGCACCAAGAAGAGGAGGGGGGAGAGGGAUGAGACGGAGUACGAGUACAGUGGGAGUGAGGAAGAGGAUGAAGAAAGGGACAUCGGAGAGCCCAGCUCCAUCAUCAACAUUCCUGGGGAGUCCACUCUGAGGCGGGACUUCCUGCGUCUCCAGUUGGCCAAUAAGGAGCGGUCGGAGCUGAUCCGGCGUCAGCAGCUGGAGCAGCAGCAGAACGAGGAACACAAGCGCCAGCUACUGGCCGAGAGGCAGAAGCGUAUCGAGGAGCAGAAAGAGCAGAGGCGACGGCUGGAGGAGCAACAGCGUCGCGAGCGAGAGCUGAGGAAGCAGCAGGAGCGAGAGCAGAGGAGGAGGUACGAAGAGAUGGAGCAGCUCCGUCGAGAGGAGGAGAGGAGGCACGCAGAGAGAGAGCAGGUGAGAAAACACCUGACUGAAAGACGGGACGCCACAGGUGAGUAUAUCCGUAGACAGCUGGAGGAGGAGCAGAGGCAGCUGGAGAUCCUGCAGCAGCAGCUCCUGCAGGAGCAGGCCUUACUGCUGGAGUACAAGAGGAAGCAGAUCGAGGAGCAGCGGCAGGCCGAGCGGCUGCAGAGGCAGCUGCAGCAGGAGCGAGCGUACCUGGUGUCGCUGCAGCAGCAGCAGCAGCAGCAGGAGCCGCCGCGACCGCCGCAGGACAAGAAGCAGCUGUACCACUACAAGGACCAGGCGCCCAGCAGCAACGACAAGCCCGCCUGGGCCAAAGAGGUGAUGCGUCGAGCUCAGAGCAACUCGCCGCGCAUCCCUCCCAAGAAAUACCACUCCUUCAGGGAGACGCGAAACGUCAACCUCGACAACCUCCUUUUACUCCCCGGUUACAAACCCCGCCGCCGUCCACCCUCCUACCCCGCCCACGUCAGUCCCUCCAGGGAACACCUGCAUGUGCCUCGAAUCCGUGUCAUCUGUGUCCCUGACAGAAACCUCCACUCCUCUCAGCCAUUGAUGCGCCGGCAGAGCCCCAACUCCAGGGGCAGAGCCCCAUCCAGGGGCCGGAGCCCCAACUCCAGGGGCCGGAGCCCAGGCCGCCGGGUGGAGGAGCAUUAUAAGAUGAACAGACAGACUUCUCCUGCAUUGCAGCAUAAAGUCUCCAACCGGAUCUCGGACCCGUCGCUGCCUCCCCGCUCCGAGUCCUUCAGCAGCGGAGGCAUCCAGCAGGCCCGGACCCCACCCAUGCACCGCUCCGUGGAACCACAGGUUCCACAGAGGACGACCUCCAUCUCCCCUGCUUUGGUCAGGAAGAACUCUCCGGGAAAUGGACCCGGCCUCGGUCCUCGGGCUGGAGCUCACCUCAUACGUGCCAGCAACCCCGACCUGCGGAGGAUCGACGUUUCCAUGGAGACGCCCCUAAAGAGGACGAGCAGCGGCAGCUCCUCCAGCUCGAGCACCCCCAGCUCCCAGGGAGGCUCCAACGAGCGAGGCAAUUCCGCCACUAAGACUGAAGGCUCGACGCUUUCUUCCCAUGACACCAAAGACGACGGCAGAGAGGUGACGCGUCCCAGCAGGCCGGCAGACCUGACGGCUCUGGCCAAGGAGCUGAGAGAGCUGCGGCAGGGGGAGGAAACCAGCCGCCCGCCCGUCAAAGUGACGGACUACUCGUCGUCCAGCGAGGAGUCUCACAGCAGCGAGGACGAGGAGGGGGAGGGCGGCGCCAAUGACGGAACAGUGGCUGUCAGCGAUAUACCACGCAUCAUGCCAGCAGCAAGUCAAGGUACAAACGAGUCCUUCGGCAUGAUGGGAGGCCAUAACGACACCCACGGCGACUCGUAUGGAAACAGCUCCCAGGACGGCACCCUGAUGAUGCGUGAGAAACAUGGGGCACGGAGGCGGAGCUCUACCGCCGGCAACGGUUUCCCCAGCAACGCUAAUCUGUUCCCUGGCAACACCAAUCUCCCCGAUUUGGUGCAGCAAAGCACCUCCCCCCUGGUCUCCCCUGGCGACGCCUCCGGGGCCCAAUAUGGGAUGGGAAGCGGCGGGGGCUCCAAGGCCUCCUUCACACCGUUCGUUGAUCCGAGGGUCUACGGGACGUCCCCGACUGAUGACGAUGACAACAACUCUGCUUCGGCGCUGUUCGCCGAUGAGCUGCUGAAGCAGGAGCAGGAGCAGGCGAGGCUCAACGAGGCCAGAAAGAUCUCCGUGGUCAACGUCAACCCCACCAACAUCAGACCGCACAGCGACACGCCCGAGAUCCGCAAGUACAAGAAACGCUUCAACUCUGAGAUCCUCUGUGCAGCUCUCUGGGGAGUGAACCUGCUGGUGGGGACGGAGAACGGCCUGAUGCUGCUGGAUCGAAGCGGUCAGGGCAAAGUUUACAACCUGAUCAACCGACGGCGCUUCCAACAGAUGGACGUCCUGGAGGGACUCAACGUCCUGGUCACCAUCUCAGGAAAGAAGAACAAGCUGCGCGUUUACUACCUGUCCUGGCUCAGGAACAGGAUAUUACACAAUGACCCUGAGGUGGAAAAGAAGCAGGGUUGGAUCACUGUUGGAGAUCUGGAGGGCUGCGUGCACUACAAAGUCGUGAAGUACGAGAGGAUUAAAUUCUUGGUGAUUGCUCUGAAGAACUCAGUGGAGAUCUACGCCUGGGCGCCCAAACCUUACCACAAGUUCAUGGCCUUCAAGUCAUUCACUGACCUACAGCAUCGCCCCCUGCUGGUUGACCUGACCGUGGAGGAGGGACAGAGGUUAAAAGUCAUCUACGGCUCCAGUGUGGGCUUCCACGUCAUCGAUGUGGACUCUGGCAACCCCUACGACAUCUACAUCCCUUCACAUAUUCAGGGUCAGGUGACCCCGCACGCCAUCGUGGUUCUGCCCAAGACGGAUGGCAUGGAGAUGCUGCUGUGCUACGAGGACGAGGGCGUCUACGUCAACACCUACGGACGCAUCACCAAAGACGUGGUGCUGCAGUGGGGCGAGAUGCCCACCUCCGUCGCCUACAUCCACUCCAACCAGAUCAUGGGCUGGGGAGAGAAGGCCAUUGAGAUCCGCUCCGUGGAGACGGGACACCUCGACGGAGUUUUCAUGCACAAGCGAGCUCAGCGACUGAAGUUCCUGUCGGAGAGGAACGACAAGGUUUUCUUUGCCUCGGUGCGCUCCGGAGGCAGCAGCCAAGUCUUCUUCAUGACCCUCAACAGAAGCUCCAUGAUGAACUGGUAACCCUUCUCCUUCGGCCGAAGCCCCCCUCCUCUUCUUCGCUCUGAACAUCGGCCACCACCAGGAGGGAGGGACUGAGGGAUGACGGGACGACGAUUUGUGUGUGUGUGUGUGUGUGAGUGUGUGUGUGUGUGUGUGUCUAUAUGUACGUGGGUGUUUGUGGGGGAUAAACAAUGAGCUACUGAAUGGAUGAUUGAGCAACUACAGGAAGAGUUAAACCACAGGAGUGCCCCCCCCCCCCCCAAUAGGUACCCUCCAGGGGCUCUACAGGCCUCACAGACGGCGUCGCUGCCUGCUGAGCCAAGAUGGCUCCACAUACUGUCAGUGGACAACGCCUUCACCUCCCCUUUGGACUGUUCGAUCGGGAUGACGGUUUUUCUUGAGGCUUUAAAGGACACUGGCAUUAUGCCGAGUAGCCGUUGACUUUCCCACUAGAUUAAAUGGGGAGCUAUGGAGAAGUUCUUUGUGUAGCACAUCAGUGAUUUUUCCUACAGGGUGUUCACACUGCGAGCACGAUGCAGGUGUUGCGACUGCGUUUACUGCAGAGAAUCAUAAUCACUCUGCAGGCAACUCAAAGCACAGCCACACUAAGCCGGCUGAAGUAUUUCCCUCCAAUUUGGCCUUGUCUCCGCACCGAGCCGAUGCUUUACUCAAGUGGAUAAAUCAAUAAACUCUAACCAGUUGCUGAACUGUGGAGGGGCAGGGAUGAGCUUCUGGAAAGCAUUGGGGACUGUUUGGCAGCACAGUUAAGAAGCAACUGCUGACUAGUAGUAAAGUUCCCUCUACACCGGGUGAUUUUGGGGUUUUCCCAGACAAAAAGUUGACAAUUGUGACGAAAUCUUUGACGAAACGUGGUGAAAUCUUCGGUCCUCCUAGAUCACACCGUGAGACACAGAGAUGCCAAAGAUCUGGCAUCGGACAUCUGAUCUGUCAGAAAUUUACCGACCAAACGUCCAGUGCAACGGGACUGCUGCUGCUGCCCGCGUUUGCAGAGCAACCAACCGACACGUGGAAUGAAAUUACACAGAGUACGCUGGUGAUCUAGCUGAAUGUUACCGCUAAAGACAUAUUUAUGACCAGGUCCUGAAUCUCCUCCUCUUUCUAAGCUCUGGCAGCGCCCAGAAGGGCCAGCGCUGUGGCCACGUCACGUCUAUUGUCAGUUGAUGUCAGUUGAUCACCUGUGUCUGCACGAAUUAGAUUUGUUUUUUUUUGUUUUUUUAAACAUCGCUCUGAUUCACCAGACAUUCACUGUACCAUUUGACUUGCCUUGAAACGGAUGUCGUACAGACUUUGUUAGACUCAUCAUGCAGUUAAGUUGUAAGAUUGUUAUUGCACAGUUAUUAGGCACCUUAAGAUGAGAUUUUGCUACGUUUCUCCUAUUAAUCAGGCCUUUGGGUGUGGCCAGAGAUCUUCGCUGAAAGUGCUAUUGGGGAAACAACAUUUUCAGACGGAAACGGCAAUUCCAAAAUAACCUGGCUUAGUGUGGAAAAAGUCUGACCCAGCCUUUAACUACGCCGAGCCGAAAGCCAAAUGGUGAACUCCGUUUAUGAUUUUGCUCGUUGUUGUCAUCGUCUAAACCGUUUCUCGCAGUGACGGUCGGUGGACUAUCUCAGUGGAUGUUUUCUGGACCAUCGUCUUGUAGCAAAAACCUAAAGAUGGCUCACUUGCGCCGUCGGAUGUUUUUCUGUCGUCGUGAAGCAAAAACAAAACCCGAGGGGGCAGAAAAGCACUGACCUUGAACAGCUCCGCCGUGGCCGACACGCUCGCCUGUCCCCCGGUCACCACUCCCCUCUCUCUGUAGGAAGCGAAUGGACCUGCUGUGACUCGCUGGCGGUGUUGCUCACAGUGUGAACACUCUUUUCGAGUGCUGCCGCCGCCGCCGCCGCUGCUGCUGAAACACCUUGUAUGUCUCUUCCCCAUUAGGAGAGAAAAUACCACCAUCGUGCAGAUAGUGCCACGGGGGAAACGAGACCUUUUGCACUUGUCAUUGCAGAUGCUGCACAGUCACUUUCAGCUACUGUGGCUCUGGUGUCCCGGUAUAUUUUUUGGUAGGGGAAGGAAGGUUGUAGAUAUUGUAUUAUUGCUGCGAUAGCAACACAAUAACAAAAUCUCUACAUCAUUUCUCACAAGAAGAACUUGGCCGUAGAGUAGUUGCCAACUUCUAGAAGUGUUUACUUUUGCUGCUCUUUGUUCUCCCCACCUUUUACUGUUCUGUGUGCACUGCACCUGUGUAAAUACUCACUUCAAUGUUAAGGAAAGACUUUGCAAAACAGGUGAGAAAACUGAAGAAAAAAAAACAACGGUCUUGCGUUUCUUUUUUUGCCACACCUCUGUAAAUCUGUCCGUUCCGUGGUUUCUCUCUCAGAUGGGAUGUUGUUUUCCUGACCGACGAGCCGACCGAGGACUUACACGCAAAUUUUUGAUUUCGGGUCAACGCUCCGAGUUGACACUCUUUUUUUCUCUGUAGGUCAUCCCUGUUCAUUUAGUUGUGCAUUUUGCACGGUGACAUACACGUUUCACCCGUCGUCACACGUGAUGAAUUGUAAUUUUAAGGCAAUACACUGGCAGAUCUGACUGUAGAAGCUGGAUGGUGAGAGACUAACUUUGUACAUGAGCCCCAGAGCAAUUUUUCUCACAACACUGAGAAAUGAUUCACAUCGCAUAAUGUCUGGACUUUUAUCUUAUAAGUAACACUUCACAUUUUCCCGUAAACGUACAUUUUAGGCUUUUUUUUGGUGCUCAUACCCGGAGCAGCUUGUAAAGAGCGAGCAGGACGGGGCUCAGUGUCACUUUGAAUGACAUUUUCUCCUUUUGGGGGGGUUCGACCCUUUGACAGUGGUCAGGGAUUGCGACCAUGCUACGACAGAGGAAAGUGGUUCACCUUUUGCUCGAUAUUCUUUUAUUGUUCAUUGAUCUUAAAGGAUGCGAUAGGUGUAAGCGAUGCCGCUUUAAGGCCAGCUGAAGCCUUUUGCAUGUGCAGGAUGUUAACGUUGAUCAACACCCUGUGAAUAAAGGUCAGGAGGCAGGGUCAGUUUGAGAAACCAUAGAUAAAAAGAUAUAUAUACUGUAAGAAUUUUCGUUAUGAUAUCUUACUGAUCAUUUUAGAGAAAGACAAAAAAAAAAUAAUGUUCAGUUAUUAAAGCUUAGUUGUCUUUCUACAGAAUAGAGAACAUAGCUAUAAGAAUUUCUAAAAAAAAAAAUACAAUGUUUUUAUUGUGGUAUUAUUUGUAUUUGUAUUCCAAUUUUUGUACGUAUCAAGACUGUGAACGUAUGUACGACUGUCGGCCUGUGUGCGUGCGUGCGUGCGUGUGUGUGUGUGUGUGUGUGUGUGUAGGUGAGCAGGUGUGUGCACAGGUGUGUGACAUGCAUGUGAGCGUAUGUUUUCACGUCGUCUGAAUCACUGGAAUCAGUCAAAAGACAACCUCAAUCUGGUAACACACAUCUGUGAUGUCGAAAAAUUGUACAAUAAAUGUCCUCUCCUUGUACAGCAACAACCUCUGCUCCGCCCUCUUUCUUCACGCCUGGUUUUUUACAACCAAGUUAUUAAAAACCGUGAGGUCUUGUUGACGGGCUGUAGGAUGAAAAACUCUUUUGACAGUGAAGAACCAAAGAAUCCUGCACGCCACUGAUCCAUGUGUACUCAUCAAUAAAGUUUUACAAGGGAUCAAUGCAGGAUCCUUGCAUGCAUAGGACGAAAAAAAAAUCAGAGUCUCUCCGACUUUAAAGAAGCCAAAAAGAUCUCAUACUCUUGCAAUCACUGUGUUAACAAAUGCAUGUUAUCGACUGUGCUGGAUUCUUUGGUUUCUUUAUAUCUGAUUUUGACAAUCUCUGAUUAGAAGUUUCUGCUCGACAUCAGCGCUGAAAUGAGUCGAUCAACAGAUUAGUUGAUCAAGAAAAAAAUGAGUUUCAGUUUUCAUUAUUUGUUUUAUAGUAAAAAGAAACAUUAGCUUGAUAUAAGAUAUCUUUCUUAAUAAAAAAAAUUCAGUUUUUUUUUUGGUUUGUACGGCUUUUUAAG